GGACUAAGUUGCGUUGGUUCUUCAUUUAACGACAACAGGCAGCAACGAAACAAGUAUUUGUCGCCCCAAUCGCCAAGAGAACCUACUGUACAAAACGCAACGCAAAACAAAACAACGCAAAACAAAACAACUUCCACACCAAACCAGUCUGAAUCGCACCUCCGUGGAUCACUGCCCGACAAACGUCGAUUGAUCACUCACCGAUCGUUGGCUCGAGGAUCCAUCCAUCCAUCCAUCCAUCCAUCCAUCCAACACCACCAUUUCCAUCACAGAGCAAAGCAGCAAGAUCGAUCCCGUUCGUGCAACACACAAAUCGAAGAUUUCUGUAGCAGUGAACACACACGAGCGACCGCCCUCCUUCUCCUCCCAAACGAAACAAAAGCUAUAACAUGAUCCUCCCCGUCUCCAAUAGCUGCAGCAGCUUUGAGGUAGCUGCCGUCCCAAGGACGAUUCGACCGGAGGAAAUCGGAGAGCCCUUAAAGGAGCAAAGCCACAAGCAGAACAAGAACCGCAACAACCACGGGCCAAAAUCUUCCCUCGAGGCGCUGGUCGAUGUCGCCAGCACUCUUUUCGAUCAGAGCGUCGCGAUGCAGCGUGUUGUGCAAGACGGCCACGAGCCCGCACACGCGAAUCCCGAUCCACCGCAGGACACGCGGGUGCUUCCUGCCCAACCACCACGCCAAUGCCCACGGCAAAACAUCCCACCACCGCGUUCGAUGCACGGAGAGGAAGACGAAGACGAAAACGAAGACGAAAACGAAAACGAAGAAAAACGCAUGCAUCGCCUGCCCUCUCCGACCGCAGAGACCGGCCAAGAAUCCGGGGAAUCUCGAGAGCCACAAAAGGAAGGGAGAACGAACGAAUCMCCMCCCGCCAUUCCGACUCCCUCGCCCCCUUCUUCGGCAGUGGUUUCGGUUGCGGUUUCGGUUGCGGUUGUUGCCAAUGAUUCGAAGACGCCCAAACAGCCACGGAGCUUGGUGGACGAGACCCGAUCGGGGCGUGCCGAUUCCCAAAAAGGUGGCACCCUUGGAAUCGUUCCAGGCACCGUUCCAGGCACCGUUCCAGGCACCGUUCGAGGCACCGUUCCAAGCACCGCAGGCACGAAAACCGCCGUGUGGCCUUCCGCGGACCAUCCACCGCUGGUGCUGGCCACCCCCACCGCGGCGCACUGCUGCACCCGCGAGGGCUUUUUGUCGCGGCUGAGGUCCAUCCUGGACGAUCCCUGCCAGCGCUACUCCCACCUCUUGUGCUGGAUGCCCGACCGCCGCCAAAGGGCAACAGCGAGCCUUCCAAAGGAAGAGGACCACCAGCAGACACACGCAACUCCCUUUACGAUUGUCUGUUCCAAGACCUUUGCCAAGACGGGCGCCGUGUACCGGCUGUUUGGGAUCCGAAAGAUGUCCUCCUUUCUUAGGCGGCUCAACCAGCUGGGCUUUUGCCGAAUCAUGGAUCCCACCGAUCCGACCAACCUGGACGUGUUUUCGAAGCCCGGAUUCGGGAGUCUCGUCCAUGGCCGCAACGCUAGCUGCAGCAGCAGCAACGGGGAGGGCAGUGCGGAAGCAUCGUUGGUUGCGGACGGGAGAGGCUCUUCUUCUUCUUCUUCCCCAUCGUCGUCUUGCACGUCCUGGACCACGUGUUCUACACCGAAGCAAGACGAACGACCAUCGGCUCUUCCCGCGGCAUCCGGGAACGAUCGAAAAACACCACCUCGUAGUAUCUUGUUUUCUUCCUCCCGGUUGGGAGGUGCGAAGAGACGAUUCCUCCAGCGGUGUCGCCUUGCAAACGCCUGCAGCAGCACAAGCAACAACAACAAAGCAUCCACCGAUGGCCUUGCUCUGAGUGGGAGUGGUUCGAUGCCUCCUUCCCUGCCUCCCCCGCUCUCGGGCAAGGACAAAACCACAAGCGGGGACGCCCACGGCGGCAACAAAGAAAGCAACGAUGAAAGCAACAGUGGUGACCAACCAUUGGCUCCACCGGUGUUGCUCCGUGCACGGAACGAAACCUUUUGCGAGUCUUUGGUGUCCAGCAUGCCCGUGCUGCAAACACAAACGACGGUUUCGCCUACCUACGCCACACCGCCGUGCCAGAGCGUUGUUCGCCCUCUCGUCCCACCGAAACUCUCCCUUGCCGCAGAAGUCGGAACCACAAACCCGGAAGCAAGGGGUGGAACCAAAAGAACCGACCGAUUGCCGAGUCCUCGGACCAUUCGAAGGCUGCGGGUUCCCUCCCUGGACCGUUCCCGUUCCAGCAACCGCCGCCGCCACCACACUUCGGACAAGCGUCCCCGGGCAGUCCGGAUCGACGAAGACCGUCCCCCUCCCCUGGAAUUUGUUGCAGAGUGUGUCCGCAAACUGAUGACCCAACAAACAAACGAAAAGCUUUGUCCUUUGUCGCCAGCGAGCACAACGCCAACGAAGCGAGAAGAGAGAAUCGCCACGGGGACCUGCCGGCCAACGGCGGCUGCCACAAAGGAAUCAUUGCGAAGACAUCUCCGGACAACACAAGCACCGCAGGGUCGGAACACCCACCAAAAAUCAGGGGUCGAAGAAACCCGCCAAGACCGCGAGACAACGCGGGCAUUCACGGAAGCACCGGCUCAAGCAAUCUCAAACUUCUACCACGACGCAGUUCACAAUCGGGAUCGUUGUUCGAAUGGCAACCGCAACCGUGAUGGUUACGAUGCUGGUCGCAAUCCCCGCAACGAUCCCCAUCAUCGCUACCACGGGAGAGAAAACCACCAUGGCGUUCACGGAAUGGACAAGGUCCGCCCCGAAGAUUUCACGUGGCAUUUUGGACAUGGCCGGCACCGAAGCCACCAUUGCGAUCCGUAUCAUCGACACCAUCGACACCAAUAUCAUCUUCAUCAUCCACACCACCAACACCGUCCCUGGCACCACCAUCCGUACCCGCAUCAUCACCGCCACUAUCGCCACCAUCGGCAGCAGCCACCGCCUUGUUCGUUUCGUUCCUUGAUCUACCGCGAAUCGGAGCAGCAGGCCGCCCAGAUCCUCGGCCAGAGAGGACAAAACAUCGGCCUCUCUCAUCGCCGUUGCGACGGGAGCGUGGCCAUAAAAGUCGAGAGCGGCGAUGGUUCCUCCCCGGUGGCCCACGAUGCGGGAAAACGACCAGAACCCGCGGCAGCUACGAUUGCCACCGGCAAAGGCGACUUUUCGUCGCCGGAAAGGGCCCGCGAGGAAAAAGAUCCCCACCACGCGGGCAUUGUUGCGGACGUGGAACUCGUCGUCCGCCACCUACAAGAAAACGAAGCGCAGCAGCAACUGUUGCUGCUGGUCCAACCGCCCGUUGCAUUCGUCGAAACCGAGCCUCCGUUUGUUCGCACGAACAGUGAUGGGAGUGCCGCGGCAAUGCCUGGCUCUGACUCGGUUGCAAAAGACUUUGCGAAGAGAAACGGCACCCGUGCAUCGGCCCAGAAAGUAUUCCUCGAAGGACUGCUGAGAGAAAAGAACCGUCUCCCUGCGUUGCGAACCGAAUUGCACUGACUCGAGCCGCACACUAUCGAGUUUCAUCGAAUCGAGAUAAAACGAAUCAAAUCGAAUCAAGUGGAAUCGAACCGACGAAGCGAAUCGGCUCUGGGCCAAACACAAUCCAAUCCAAUUGAAAAAUGUACCAAAAUACUGCACAAACAAUAAUAAUGUUAACCUAAAUGCUAUAUACUCCGACACCGCUUUCUCCGACUUCAAGAACAACAAGCACCUACACAUCCCUCACUGUUUAAAAGUAUAGAGGAGGAAGAAAAGCCACAGAAAACAACCUUCCAUAAUAUUUGUUGCAGUCCUUUUCAAAAACACCUGAAUGAUGUGACAAUUCGCGAUCGUUUGCCUUCGAUCUUAGAUCCUAUUUUCGAUACCCGUGCGUUAUUUUUAAGUUUUCCGGUACCGAUUCUACUUUCGUAAUAUUUGGUAUCUUGCAGUAACUUUCAUUCGGAUAGCGAAGCACAAUACUAGAAAUAUAUUUAAGAGAUAUCA